CAACAGGUGUACCUCCUGCUUGCAACACAACCCACACCACCACCAGCCACAUCCCAGGGGGCCGUAUCACCAUCCCCCGACCUCCCAGCAGCGCGCACCACCAUAUCCCAUGUGCUGCAGGGAGCUCUCUCCCUCUGUACCACAGACCCCUCCUCUGACGUGCAAGACCGCUGCCGCUUCCUCUCCACCCUCCUCUCGCCUCUCCUCGCCUCCCCACCCUCACACACUAAAGCCCCUGCUGCUGCGCCUGCCGCCGCUGCUGGUAACGCUGCUGAAGAGCUUAGAGCUUUGUAUCCCCAGCCAAAGGUGCAGGAGAAUCGUGCCUUGCUGCUUGCACUGGCCGUCACAGUAGUGUUAGGGCCAGAUCUGGUGGGGAAUAAUGGAGAACCCACUCCCACUCACCCAGCUGCUACUUCUGCUGCACCUGCACCUGCUGCUACUGCUUCCGCUGCUGCUGCUGCUGUCCCGGGUGCUGCUGACUCUGCUGCUGUUUCCACUGGUACUGCUGCUUCUAAUCUUGGGUCACGGCAGAGCCAAGAUUUAAGCACUCCGGAUCGUUCUCGGUUCCUCCUGUCCUCCAUGUCGCACUAUGUGAAUCACAUUGCACCCGGAUACGAACCCUUGCCUGAACGCCGCGCCUCCGAGUCAUCGGGCCAAGAAGGGCCUGCCGCCUCUGCUGGUAAAGCUGCUGUAGCUGCUGCCGGUGAUGGUGGUGGUGGUGGGGGUGGUGAUGGAAGCAGACAAGCGGAGGGGGGAGUGAAGGAUGGUGGUGAUUUGUCUUCGUGGCUGGGAGAGGAUGCGGAUGGGGAGAGAGCUGGGGAUGGGGGUGCAAGUGCAGGGGAAGGGGGGCCCAGGUUGAACGAGCUGCAGGCAAGUGCUGAUGGUUCGAGAGGUGGCAGUGGUGAUGCUGGGGAGGGAGAGAGCACAGGAGAGGGAGUAGAGGGGAGAGCAGGGGAGGGAGGACCAGGUGUGGGGACUGGAGUGUAUGCAGCUGGGCAGGAGGCAGGGCGUGGCAUGGGAGGAGGAAGAGGUAUGGCAGGUGGAGGAGGGGGGGGAGAAGGGGGAGGAGUGGGUAUGGAGCAAGAGAGUGAGAGUUUUGAAGCGGCUUAUCAGCAGUGGCAGAGCCAGAAGAAUGUGGAGGCGUGGUUGGAGGACUAGGUCUAGGUGAGGGACACAGUACUCUACAUAGCGAUACAGUAUAGUGCAGUACAUUACAGGAUGGUUGUUGUAAGUAUGUGUAUGCAUUAUAUGCGUAGAUUUUGCCAUUGGCGUUGAAUUGGUGGCGAUGA